CCGGCGCAGGAUUGCGGCCCGAUUAAAUAAAGAAUAACGCUAGUUAACCACAGAUUUUAGUGUAUUUGUCUAUAGAGUUUUAGGAUAAUGAGCAGUCUAUUAGCCAAUUUGGUCCCACUGUUUAGGCGUAGUGUUAUACAGCUUUCUGCCGCUCGAAAUUAUGCAACACCGAAGGCUGGAGGAGCACUCGGUGGAUCAAAGAAAAAGAAACUCGGAAAACUGGGUCCAGUGGUGGAAAAGAAAGUUAUUCCCGUAGAAACGGAUACGAACCGUCUGGUAAACUACGUGUGCGGCAGUAACAUACUGAAGCAAGGUGAAGAUAUCAAAAUUCAGCCCAAUUCCGAGUAUCCCGACUGGCUUUGGACGUUGCACGUUGGUGCUCCGCUAACACUUGAGCAAAUGGAUCCCGAUACAAAAGCGUACUGGCGGAAACUGAGGCGCAUGGCGUUACAGCGAAACAACAAGUUGGCAAAGCUGAAAAAGUUUUAGUUGUGCGACGCCGUGUCAUACUUCUCAACGUUACGAGAAAUUUAUAAUUAUAUUGUAGAAA